UACUUCUUCCUCCAGUGCCAGUUUUAUACCAACCUUCAACCUAAAAAUGUGGAUGAUGGUGAAUUUAGGAGGUUUACACUUCAGUUCCUCAGGUAGAAACUACUUGGCUGGGGUUCAGUGAAAGGUGAAACAUGACAUAUGGAGCUGAUGGUUGGAAUCAAUGGCUGGUGAUGCUGAGUGACAGACAGGGGGAGAGAGAGAUCCUCCAACCGGAGCAGGAAGCUGCUGCUGGGACUGGCGGAGAAGAGAAGACAGAGAGGAGGUACAAAACAACGUCGACAUCAGCGGGGUUUCCACCAUAAUGUAGACCCAAAACAGAGCAACAACACACAGCACACCGAGCCAACAACACCUCGAUGUGGAGGCUGCAGUGGUGACAGCACAAAGCCGUGGUGUUUAUUGUGAGUGCACGGUUUGUAAUGAAGGAGCUGCAGGGCUGCGGUAUGCGCUCCUCAGUGGGCUUUCUGUCCCGCAGAGCUCUGACCGGACAGCCGCUGAUGAAGGAGGAAUUCCAGAGACGCAGGCUGGCCGGCUGCACCAGCCUCUUCAAGAAGGACAUGCUCGGACACUUCGGCUGUGUCAACGCCAUUGAGUUCUCCAACAACGGAGGAGAAUGGCUGGUGUCCGGAGGAGAUGACCGCCGGGUGCUCCUGUGGCACAUGGAACAAGCCAUCCAUGCUCGGGCCAAGCCUGUGAAACUGAAGGGAGAGCACCUGUCUAACAUCUUCUGCCUGGCCUUCGACAGCACCAACACAAAGGUCUUCUCUGGAGGAAAUGAUGAACAGGUGAUUCUUCACGAUGUGGAGAGAAGAGAAACUCUGAACGUGUUCCUGCACAUCGACGCCGUGUACAGUUUGUCUGUCAGCCCGGUCAACGACAACGUGUUCGCCAGCUCGUCUGACGACGGGCGUGUUCUCAUCUGGGACACCCGCGAACCGCCAAGCGCAGAGCCAUUCUGCCUGGCCAGCUACCCGUCGGCCUUCCACAGUGUGAUGUUUAACCCCGUGGAGCCCCGGCUGAUCGCCACCGCCAACUCCAAGGAGGGAGUUGGAUUAUGGGACAUCCGCAAACCUCGCAGCUCGUUGCUGCGUUACGGAGGCAGCAUGUCCCUGCAGAGCGCCAUGAGUGUCCGCUUCAACAGCACCGGCACCCAGCUGCUGGCGUUGCGUCGCCGCCUGCCGCCCGUCCUCUACGAGCUGCACUCCCGCCUGCCCAGCUUCCAGUUCGACAACCAGGGCUACUUCAACUCCUGCACCAUGAAGAGCUGCUGCUUCGCUGGGGACAAAGAUCAGUACAUCUUGUCUGGGUCCGAUGACUUCAACCUCUAUAUGUGGAAAAUCCCGAAGGACCCAGAAGCAGGAGGCGCCGGGCGUGUGGUGAACGGGGCAUUCAUGGUCCUGAAGGGUCACCGCUCCAUAGUGAACCAGGUUCGCUUCAACCCUCACACCUACAUGAUCUGCUCCUCCGGCGUGGAGAAAGUCAUCAAGGUGUGGAGUCCCUACCAGCAGCCGGAAAGUCUAGGUGACCUGGAUGGCCGCGUGGAGGACAAGUCCCGCAGCCUCUACACCCAUGAGGAGUACAUCAGCCUGGUGCUCAACAGCGGCAGCGGUCUGUCCCACGACUACGUCAGCCAGUCCAUCCAGGAGGACCCGCGUAUGAUGGCUUUCUUUGACUCGCUGGUGCGUCGAGAGAUCGAAGGCUGGAGCUCAGACUCCGACAGCGACCUGAGCGAGGAGGCCAUCAUGCAGCUCCACGCCCGGGGUCGUCGCACCACAAGGCCCACGCCAACGCCUCCCAUCGCUGUCUCCGCUGCCGGUCAUCAAAGUGACUCUGAUAACUCGUCUUCCUCCUCUCUGGCUGGACCCGACGCCUCAGGAGGGGAAGAGCAAGCCGAAGCAGAGGUGGAGGAGCGGCCGAGGAGACGAAGCAGGCAUCAGCGGCUUCAGUCCGGCUUCCUCGUGAAUGAGGACUCAGACUCAAGUGAGUUUUGGCUCGACCCCAUGCCCCGGCCUCGCUCCCCGAGCCCUAGAGACAACUCCACGCUGUCCAGCCCCACCUCCUCUCCUUCGCUUCCCGUCGGAGCCUCCAGCUCCUCCACAUCCACUUCCAGCUCCAGCAGCGACGACGAGGAGCGCCGCAGCGCGGUGAGGCGGCGCAACGUCAUGAGGCGACGGCGCAUGCAUGUCGUUUCCAGAGCUGGGGAUCGACCCGAGUCUGUGCAGACUCUGUUUUCCGCCAUCGACUCCUGCAGUUACCCAUCGAUAGCGAUUGAGGAUCUGUCUUCCUCCUCGUCAGGCGAGGUACAAAACUCUCUCCAAAUCAAGACCGGAGCUGGCGGCGCCAGAGAUGACGAGAAAUGUCUGAGCCCUUCUGACUUUGUGUGUCUGAGCCCGGUAAUGUCCCCCGAGAGCCAAGAGAACGAGGAAGGGAGUGAUAGCAGGACUGAGCUGGAGAGACUUCCAGCUGCGUCUCGGCGGUCGCUGGAUGGACGCAGGACUGAAGAAAGGGCUGCUACCAGCUCCGAUAGCGGAGAGGCGUGUAGCAGCUCGGUGGCUUUAGACUCUCCGAGUCGACACAGCCCCGGAGUGAACGGGCGACACCGGACUGUAGCACCUUACGUGAGAGAAAACCUCCAUGUCUCCUCAGAGUCAGAGGAAGAGACUGGCGUUACACCUGAAGACACCCGGCCACCGAGAGAAAAAGGCCUGGCGCAGAGCGCUCUGAAACGGACUCAUGUGGGAUCAGAGGAGGGCGAGUCGGGCUGCUCGCCCUCAGAAAAGAAGCUAAGAACAUAAUGACACCUCUUUCUCAUCCCGGAAAAGAAACCAUUUGUUAACAGACUUAAUUUAGGAAGUGGGUUUUUUAUGGGUUUUUACAACUCAGCUUUUUUCAUUUUUGCGUCUCACAGUCAUGUGACAUGUCAUGUGAACUGAUUAUGAGCAGAAGACAUUAAGGAACUUUUGUUUUCCGAACAAAUGAAUUGGACAAUGUCAUCAUUUUUUUUUGGUCAAACCAGAGAUGACAAUAAAAGAUGGAAAUAUGAAACGAGCUAAAUAUCAUUAAUAACAAUGAUAUUUUAAUUGAAACACAUUUAUUUUCAUGCAGCAUCAGUGUUUUUUUCUAUGCUCUGGUUACAGAAAGCUCCACCCAGGAUUUGGAGCUCCUCCAACCAUAACAACAAAAAGGUCUUACGGAGGACAAAAGCUUUGCAGCAUUUUAAUUUCAACAGUUUCACACAGAGCAUAAAUCUGAUUGGGCUUAUUUUUUAAUUUUUAAAGUGAUUCUCGGGCUGAGACUGCUUCAGGGUUUCUGAAGAAUUGACUGUGUGAAAUCUUAAGGAGCCCUAUUUGUUUAAGCUGUGCAUUGAAAUCAUUCUUGUUUCUUCCACCAAUUGUUUUUUGUCUCAUUAUCCCAGCCCCUGGGUACCAUUACAAGCCAGCGCUCGCUUUUGUUUUCUUGCAAUUAAAGAAUAAUUUGUUCUCCAGUGACAAAA